AUGCAAUUUUCUCAGUCAUCGCUUCUGCAGUCAUUGAUUGGCGUGGCAUAUGCAACCAAGUCUGGCGAAUCCGAAAUAGCGCCAGUUGAAGCAUGGAUAUAUUCGGUAGAGGCUCUGGAUAAACAAGCCUUUGAUAGUUGGUGGUUUGCGCUUGAAAAGAGCUUGAAUAAACACCUCACAAGCGCAAAGCAGGUCCAGAUCGCAAGUUUGGCUGUUCUGGUGUCAUUCCUACGCGAGUCCUCUCGCAAUAACCUGAAUAUCUCCUACCAGGAUCUUAAGCAAUGCUGGGAUAUUAUUCGCAAAGUGUCAGCCGUGUCCAGCAUCAGCCCCUCCGAAGGCCUUCUCACAGCGUAUCGUAGUUCGCAGGGCUUCUUAGUCAUUCCUCUAUGCAGCUUAGUCAAAGAAGGAGAUAAUGAGGAACUCAUCCGUCUUCAUGUCUGGUUGCCAGAUGAUGAAAGAGGAAACCCCGACUACUCCGUUCGUUCGAAUCAGUCCUUGGUACAGAGCUGGGUUCUUGCAGGCGAAAGUCGAAGCUACCACUACAAAGUCGAGCCUGUAGUCGGUAUCAAAGAAGCGACUCAUGCAAAGUUCUCCUUAGCCUCCUCUGGAAACAGCACAAGUGAACACAACGCAGCAGAUAGAGCGCAUCCGACACACUCUAUUAUCGCGAACACCGGCGAGCUUGUCAUAAUAACAGAAAAGGCGUCGUACCUACAUGAGAGAAAUACCUCCUACUCUAUCCCGGCAGCUACAUUCUACAGCUCUUAUGUGAGGCCCGACAGCUUGCAUGCCGCGUUCUGUUUUUUUGAUGCAAACCAGAGCUCAGUCGAAGAGACUAGCGUUCUAGGCCCCCCUGACGAAGACUCCUACAAGGAUUCACCUGAGCCUUCCAACAUUACCCCUACUCAGCUCAUAGAGCAUGUCGAUGCCGUUCGUGCAUGGGAGUUGUUGAUAGAGGAGAGCCGAAGACAUGCGCAGAAAGCCGAAUGGGAAGAUGCGCUUCGAGUCUUGAAUAGCGCUCUCAGUCUCAGCAUUACCAAUAAAAGUUUGCCAAAUGCAAAGCUUUAUGAGCACCUUGUCUUGGGCGAACUAGGAAGUAUCAAUAGGAGAUUUGGCAGAUAUGCGGCUGCCAAACAUUACUUGGAAAAGGGCAUCGAUGGUUUGAAGCCCUGCAUCCAGCGGGUUGAAUUUAGCGGUGAGCUGGGAGUUACGUAUCGACAGAUGGGUUUUCUCAAGGACGCAAUAAACGCCUUCACACAACAAUACAAUAUAGCAAAGGAACUGGGUUCUGACCGCGAGAUAUGCCGAGCCAUUGGCAAUAUGGGUAUGGUCAACUACCAGUUAUCUCAAAGAAAAAAGGACAAAGAGUUGCUGGAUUUGGCUAUGAGGCAACUCCAAGAAAGAGUAGACCGUUCAGAGAGACUGCUCAAGACCACAAGUCGUGAGGCGGACAGUCCAAGCACAAGGCAUUGGCUGAAGGUGGCGAACACUUGGAAGACAAUUGGCCUCUGCAGGCUUUCCAUAUGUCAUUGUGCUCUCGGAAAUAUUCAAGAGGCCCUGCAAAACUCGGAAAAGGCCCUUUGGAUGACAAUAAAUUCUGACGAUGCCACUGUCAAAGCCAUGACCCGUUUUUUCCACGGAAAAGCUCUACUCAUGGCUGGAAGAAAGAAAGAAGCAUUGAACCUCUUCAAUAUCCAAGGAACGUGCUCGCCUGCAAUCGCGUUUGCUAAAGAACCUUCAGAAGAGCACCGUGAAUAUUUACAAGAGCUCGUUGAUAAUGGCGCAGAUUUAUGCAUUGUGGAUGAGCAAGGAUACACAGCAAUCGAUCAUGCUGUAUUCAACGGAGAUACGAUGGCGGAAAACAUCAUCUUAAACGGCCUCCGAAAAAGCGCGGAGGAAAACAUCAAUCAAAUACAGGCUGAGGCAAGACUUCGGAAAGGAUAUCGCGAACUGUUCCAAGAAAGGCUGCGUCCUGUGCUUCUCAGCGGAGGCCAAGACGUCUUAUCAAAUCUGCGAAAAGCUUAUGCAGAUGCACUCAAGGCUGAUGAAACGAUGAAGGCCAUGUUUGAUGGUCUCAAAUUCAUGUGGUAUUCCCAAUUUCGUGAUUUUAACAGACUACCACGGUCGAAUGAUGGUUUGGCCCGAGAGUUUAACUCUUCUUUCAACGAAAACGCCGAAUCGCCAGCAGAAAAGGUAGUAUUCAUAUCAUACCGCUGGAUCAACAGGGAGCCGGGAGCGAAGACCCCUGAUGAUGCAAAACAUACGCAAUAUCGGCGAAUGAUCAACGCGAUCGAGGAAUAUCUAAAGAUAAACCCUUCAGUCGACAGAGAGCGACUCGGUAUAUGGAUGGAUCACGCUUGCGUCGACCAAGACGAUCCCAAUGCUGGUGUUGCGGCACUUCCGAUGUUUCUCGCUCAGUGUGAUGCAAUGAUAAGUCUCUACGAUGACCAGUACUAUGAUCGUGCUUGGUGUGCAGUUGAAGUGAUCAUGAUAGAGACUUUGAGGUCUUCUUACGGUAUUCAUCAAUGGUAUGAGCAUAUCGAAGAGCGUGCCGGAGAUGACUGCAGGCUGAGAGAGGCCGAGGAUCGCCAAUUGAGCAUGGAGAACAAGAUUCUUACCUUUGAAACAGACAGACCCAAGGUUUUGUUCCUAGAGAGGCAAAGCAGACUGUUAAGAUGA